ACGUGCGCGUGCGGUCAGUGAAGAGCGCAGGGCGGAUCAGCGUGAGGCCGCGACACCGACACACGCGCGGAAAACUCUCGGAAAUCAACGGAAACGUAAGAGUCAUGGCGGAUCUGAGCUUGACCGAUGCUCUGACCGACAGCGUUCCUCAGCCUGACGUGGAGAACAUGGUGGAGAGGGAUUUUGUGGCCACGCUGGAGGCCGAGACCUUCGACGAUCAGGUCGGAGAGACGGUUGACAAGAUGAACUUCGUCCCACUGCUGGACAAUGACGGGAAGGAUCCAGGUACAGUAGUCAAGAACGGACAGCAGGAAGUCCAAGGGGCUCAAAACCCUGGCACCAUGAAUCCGCUGACCCCACGGAAAGAGACGCCACAUCAGACGUUUGGGACAGACUUACUAUCAGACUCAGUGUCUGCUUUUCCUGCUCAGUGGAGCUCACAGUCCAGCCCUCCGCAGACGAUGGACAGCAGCCCGAUGGCAGCGUUCACAGGUUUCUCUCAGCCUAGCGUAAUGUCAGCGGUGAUCACAGGUGCUGCUCCUUUCCAGACAGAAAGACCGUCAGGUGUGGCUGAAGUGCAGGAGCCGCCAGCUACUCAGGCCACCGAAGCCCCCAAAAUACCGUCUGAACCCCUGGCAGCCACGACACCCAAGAGCCCACAGGACACAUCUGCAGGUGUCUUUGGUGACCGCUGGUCUGAUGAGGCUGGCAUUCCAUCUGGCCUGCCCUUCACGCCCAGCGUUUCCACUGUUAUCAGUCGCCAUGCCGGUCCUCUGGUAGAGAGCCCACAUGACACGGCCAACCCUCAAUGGUCCCCAAGAGAUAGCGGGGCAGGAGAUACAGAUGAAAGGGAAGGUGAAGGAUCUGACCGUAAAAAGGAAAAGAAGAAGAAGAAACGGAGACCCAGGGAUGAGGUGUACGACUUCCCCACGGAAAUGCAGAGCGAAAGCGCUUUAUCCGACAGUCCCACUCAGCCGUCCCCGUGUAAGGAACGUGACCGAGACAGAGGUUGGGAAGAUGGAAGCCGCUUUGAUGGGAGAGUCAAGAAGCCGAAAAGCCGUAAGAAGAUUCCCGAGGAAUGGGCGAUCCAUGCAGAGCCCUUUGUCCCUGCUUCAGCCUGUGUGCCGCAGGAGUUCGCAACUGAUAUUUCCCAGUCACUCCUUGAAGUCGACAGCGGUCUUGUUUCACUUUCUGAGGACUACACCGAUGGGAGUCUCAUUCCUCUGUCUCUUACCCAAGAUCUUCUGUCCCUCACAGCCACUUCCCCACCAUCCACAACGCAUCUUGAACCUGCAAUGCCCUCUCCAAAGUCUCCCGGUCAAGCCCCCGAUUUAUCUCCCCAACACCCCUUGUCCACGUCAUCUGGAUUCCACGAUAUCAUCAUGGAAACAGAAGAUUCUCAUGCUUGCAAUCUCAGCGACACUCAGCCUUUCAUCUCUCCAGGUGGAACCUUUGAGGAAGCUAUGUUUGGACAAGAUCACACCUACACCGCUUCCAUGGGCACCCAAGAGUCGCCAUUAAAGGAACCCCAGACGUCCACCCCUGGAAGCACUUGUUUUGUACCACCGAUGGAAGCACUGAUCUCGGCACCCCCGUUUUCUCCAUCUGGACCUGCGUGGUCUCUUAAUAACCACAAUCAACCCUUUGAUCUUGAAGGUGUUGCCUUUGAGACCUCAGUCCCAGUUCCUGCACCUCUGCCUUCGCCAAAGAGCAAAGCCCCAAAGGAACCAAAGUCCAAACUAGGCAAGAAGUCGUCUGGGUUGUCCUCAUCAAAGAGUCCAACCUCCCCUGAAGCAAAGUUGCCAUCUCCCCAGAAUUCUGGUCUAAAUCCGGCCGCUCCGCCGUUCUUCCCUAGUUUUGCAGAACCUCGGGAGUUCGCCGCAGAACCGCCCUUCACAUUGGAAGAAAACUCUGAGAAGAACAAGCCGCAGGCGAACAAAAUGGACACUGUGCAGAAGAUUGAUGACUUUAAUGUUUUCAGCAAGACGGACAAAGAUCAGAAGAUGGAAACGGUGGAGGAGAAAGACAAAACUAACCACACAGACGAACAGACAACCAAAGGAGAAAACACUGAAGCUCUGGACAAAAACAAAGACGUGGACAAGGUGGGUAAAUCAGAGAAAACAGACAAGGGUGAAAUCGUUCACAAAGUAGAAACGCCAGUGAAAGUUGAGAAGAUUGAACAAAAAACUACUAAAGGUGAGACUGAGAAAGCUGAUAAGCUUGAGGCAGAAAAGAUUGAUUCCUCCCCAAAGAUGGAGAAGGUGGAGCUGAAGACGGAAGAAGUGAAAGUCGAGGAGAACAAGUCAGAUCAGAAAGCGCAGAAAGAUAAAGAACAGGUGAAGGAAGUGGAAAAGGAGAAAGCAGAACAAGACAAGACAGAAAAGGACAAAGUAAAACAGAAAACAGAGCCGGCUGACAAGAAACCUGGCAAAGCUGAGAAGGACGAGAAAGCCAAAAAACCAGCUGCUAAACCCUCCGCGGCCAAGCCUGCGGUAACCAACGCUGCACCUGGAAAAGACUUGACUAGUCCUGAGAAGAAGACCAAGCCUGUUGCCGGCGCAACCAAACCUAGCUCUGCCAAGCCCCAGCCGAGCUCCGCCUCCAGCACUACAGCCGCGCACAAGCGUCCCACCCCGACCUCAGCCCCCCUCAGCAAAAAAGCCCCUGUGCCCAAAGCGCCCGCCCCGACCGCUGGCGCCAAACGGCCCGCCACGGCGUCCACACGACCCUCCACCGGAACGAGCAGCGUGGCCAGAGAGGUCAAGCCCAAGUCGGCCGUGCCAAAGACCUCUGUGGCUCCGGCUCGGCCCGCCGCAGACAAACCUGCGACCGCAGCACGCACAACCACCACGACACGCAGCACAGCCAGCGCUGCGGCAGCACGACGCCCCGUCGCAAAGACUGAGAGCAAACCAGGAGACGAAAAGAAACCAAGCACACCGAAAACCACAGAUGCCGCCCGCUCUAAACCUGCGCCUCUCAAAGCCUCCACCACUACAAGCAGCGCCAGCGCUCGCCCUCGCACCACCAAAACCCCCGUCUCCAGCAGCACUACAGCGGCUGCUGCGCCCGAGAAGAAGCCGGCGGUGCCCCGCGCGCCUCGACCCAGCUCCACACCGGCACCCGACAUCAGAAACAUCCGCUCAAAGAUCGGCUCCACGGACAACAUCAAAUACCAGCCUGGAGGAGGAAAGGUCACGGUGUCUCAGAGCAGGACAGACGCUCAGAGCUCGCCCUCCAAAGAGACCAGCCAGGGCAAAGUUCAGAUAGUCUCCAAAAAACUGGACUACAGUCACGUGACUUCUCGCUUGGGCUCCAAGGACAAUAUCAAACAUGUUCCUGGUGGCGGGAACAUCCAGAUUCUCAACAAGAAGGUUGACUUGAGUAAAGUGACCUCAAAGUGCGGCUCCAAAGUCAACAUCAAACAUAAACCAGGUGGAGGCGAGGUCAAGAUCGAGAGCCGUAAGGUGAACUUUAAGGAUAAAGCUCAGCCCAAGGUGAGCUCGAUGGAUAAUGUCAAUCACGAGCCCGGAGGCGGGAGAGUUAAGGCUGAGGGGGCCCAGGAGACUGCUGAGGGCAGCGGGGCUCCCUCUAGUGGUGUCUCGGCCACCCAGCCGUCAGCCGGCCCUGCCCAGGAGAAUGGGCUGAAGGAGGGCGGCCCCUGCAGGAGUGAGGAGCUCCGGGACCCGCAGGGCCUGGACUCGCUCAUCCCUGAAACAAGCAUCUAACUCGACUUUUUGCUAUCACUCUGCCCUUUUCAUUUCACCCCCGCCCGCUUCCUCUCCUCCCCUUGUUUAUGUCCUGUCUCUCCUCUGUCCUGUCUUUCUCCACACUCUGUGAUGCAGAUUGAGUCUUUCAAGCUAAAUUUCCGCGAGAACGCCCGCUCUCGCACGGACCACGGCGCAGACAUCAUCACCUGGCCCGUCUCGGGUGACAGCCCUGUCCACCGUCACCUGCUCCGCAGCAGCGUCUCACUCAACGACUCCCUCGCGACCGCCGGCAUCCCCCGCUCUCACACCACCCCGGCCCUCUCCUCCUCCCAGGAACAAGGGGGCGAUGUUGGCUCGCUCAAUGGACUCUAGAUAUGAUUGCUGUCUUUUCAUUGGUCCGCUGCUCUCUAAACCCCGCCUCCUACCAUUGCUAAGACUCAUAUGAUUGGUGUGCUCUCUGUUGACGUUCUUAAUUCCUGAUUGGUGAGGCUGUACAGAUUACAGUCAUCAGGAUGCGCAAAAAAA